AAUUAAAAUUCAGGCCAAAGUUUUUCUUGCAAAAUCAGAGUACUAGAUAUGCUUCCCCACCAAUCUCCCCCCGGCUCCGGAAUUUUUACACCCGCUCCCAAAUCUGGAGUCACCGAGGGCUCGGUGUUCCCUGAGGAAAAGGAAGCGUCUUUCUACCCAAGGGGGAAGGCCCGUGCGAUUCUGGUCCUGAGGGAAGACCUGGGGAGCAUGAUAGACACCAUGUCUACCAAGGCCGGGGACAGGAACGAAGAGAAGGAGGGGAGCAUGACAGACACCACGUCUGCCAAGGCCGGGGACAGGAACGAAGAGAAGGAGAACUGUCCCUCGCUUCAGGUGGAUGAGCAGCACCAGUUCAGAAGAGUGCCGGACUGCUGUUCCAUGAGGUACAUCCUGGCUUGCAUCUUCUUCUUCACCACCUUCCUGACCUAUUCCCAACGGAAUGUGCUCAACAUCACUAUCGUCGCCAUGGUGAACGGCACGGACCCCGGGAAGGCGGGCAACGUCUCCUCAGCCGGAUUUCAUGAGGGGAUCAGGCCCAAGCCUCCCGUCUACAACUGGAACUCGGAGGUCCAAGGCAUGCUGCUCAGCUCCAUCUUCUUCGGCUGCAUGGUGACCACGAUCCCGGCGGGAUACCUGGCGACGGUCUUCGGCGGGAGAUUGACGGGGGGCAUUGGAGUCUACCUCAGCACCCUCCUCACCCUCCUCAGCCCCUGGGCGGCCGACAUGGGCGUCACCUGCUUCUCCUUGCUGCGGGCCCUGCAGGGCAUCAGCCAGGCGCUGGUUUUAAUGGGCAUCCUGGGUUUGUUGGCCAAAUGGUCGCCUCCCCUGGAACGCAGCCGCCUCGUGAGCUUGUCCAUCUCAGGACUUCACUUUGGAUUCUUCGUCCCUCUCUUUAUGGGGGGCUUCAUCUCUGAGACUCUAGGGUGGCCUUCCGUUUUCUACAUUUUAGGUGGUGUCAGCUGUAUCCCCUGUCUCCUCUGGAUCUGUCAGGUAUUUGAAGAUCCCGAAUCUCAUCCGUUCAUUAGUGCCACGGAAAAGAAAUACAUCACUUCACAUACCAAACAGAUCAGCAUGUUGAAGCCGAACGUUCCCGUCUUCCAGAUCCUGAAAUCCAUCCCUCUCCUGGCCAUUUCAGUCUGCAGUUUCUGUACUACGUGGCUGACGAUCACCACAGUGGCGACAGUCCCCACCUACCUGAGCCAAGUGUUUCAUUAUAAUCUCACCGAGAAUGGCUUCCUGUCGGCAACGCCCUUCAUCGGGGCCGGGAUCAUGUCCAUCCUGGUGGGAAUUAUGUCCGACUUCUUGCUGACCAGAAACAUCCUCACCCUACUGACGGAGAGGAAGCUGUUUUCCACCCUGGGAAUGCUGUUUCCAUCCAUCUGCCUGGCGUUGGUUCCUUUCAUGGCCUCCAGCCACACGACGGUCCUAGUCCUCCUCAACCUCUCCAUGGUGGGGCAGAGCUUUGGCGGGGCAGGAUUCCAACUUAACCCCCUGGACCUCGCUCCCAGGUACGCGAGCCUACUCUUUGGGAUCAUGAGCUCCUACGGGCAGCUAGGCGGGUUCUUCGCUCCCUUGGUGGCUGGCUUCCUCCUCAAUCACGAUUCGGAGUACGGCUGGACUUAUAUCUUCACCCUGACGGCCGGAGUUAACCUGGUGGGCCUGGCGUUCUACCUCAUCUUUGCCAAGGUGGACGUCCAGGACUGGGCGAAGGAGACUCUCACCCGCCUCUGACACCUGAUGGACGCUCGUGAAGAACCCAAUCCCAUCCGACGACGACUCGACACCCGUCCCCGUGUUUGGUUUUGUCGUCCGUCUCCCCCUUCUAGCCUGUGAGCCCCUUGUCGGGUAGGGACCCUCUCUAGAUGUC